UACACAAAAUAUGCUUUGGUAAAAUACUAAAAUGGCUGCGCCCAUUAGAUUAAAACUGACGAAAUAUGACAUUGACAUGAAACUUUUUUGAGAUGGUAUUUUUUAGCAGGAAAUUUGCCAAACUAUUGUCAAAAUUACCAGGAAAGAAAUUAGGAACUUAUAGAGUUAUAAUACCAGUGGGAUUUUGCUUAGGGGCGGCACUCGAAUUUGCUAUGAUAAAUUGGAGGGUGAAAGAAGCAAAUUUUUAUUCAGUUUUUAAGAAAAAUCAAGCACAUAAAUUAGCACUCGAAGAAGUGGAACUAGACAGAAAAUUAUCUGGAUUAAGAUAAACAUGCCAGCUGGAGUAUCAUGGAGUACCUACCUCAAAGGAGUAGCUGUAAUGUUGGUGUCGAUGGCAGCUGGAUCUCAAACUGUUCAUUUAAUGUACAAACCAUUAGAGGAUUUGGAUGAAUUGGUGAAAAAAGAAAAAGAAAAAAUUCUUAGAGAACAAUCAGGGGAUAUGAAUUAUGUUAUGCAAACAGAAAAGGCUGAAUUUAUAAAAAGAGCACACGAAGCCAAAAGAUUAUGAUGUUUUAAUGUUCUGUACUUUCCAAUUUGGAAAAAUGUGAUAAAUAUAACAUGUUGCAGUAUUUUGUUUUUACAUACAAUGUAAUGUUCUUUUAUUAAAUAUGAAAUGUGAAUGAGUUGGAGAAGAUUAAAUAAGUAUAAAUAAUUA